AUGGCGGAAGAUGGUGGGACAGAAGAGUUGGGCGAGGACGCAGGGAUGCUUCCACAUGAUGAUCCAGCAGAACCAACACGAAGAUCGAGUGCAAAUCAAAGCAACGGUCUGGGGAAUGGAGCCAGCGGCGGGAAUGUGGAUGUAAGAAAAAAAAUCAUUAUUAACAUAAACCAAGUUUUAAAAUACGAGGCCGUCCCCUCAAGACGUAAAUUUCUGAAGUGUGACGAACAUAAUUAAGAUAACGGUUCGAUUUUAAAUUAUACGAUUUUCAGUCCCGCCACUCCGCCAGUCCUCGCCGAAUCCCUCUGUUCGAACGAGCCUCUGCCCGCUGGUGGAACCCUCAAUUCGCCUCUCCCAUUCUCGAAACUCAAUAUUGGAAGUGCAGUUUCCCCAUUCUCAGGGAUCGAUUUCGUUCCGGGCUGGUCUACAUUGCCAUGACGUGUCUUUCGUGGAUGAUUUAUUUGAAAGUUUUUGAUUUCGAUCAGCUUUCGCAUUGGGUAAUUUUUGUUUUGAUUCUUGAGGGCAAUUAAGUUGUCUUUGUUUUGCAGCGGAGUCGCAGCUAUGAAAUGUUUGAGUUUUUAAAUUUUCAGGUCACAGCCAGUAUCAUAGUCAUAUUAUGUUUUACCAUGUUUCGUUUCACACAAUUUGCUGCCCAUUAUCAACGCUUCUACUUGCCGACUUCUUUCUUGUGUACAUUCUCUAUUUGUGUGAUUACUUUGUUGAUCUUCUCGGGUAACGACUCUUUCAUGGGGCCGGUUGCUCGGAUCGCUACGAGCAUUCAAGUAAGUACCACUUGCUAAUACCACAGUACAUAAAACAUACUUUUACCAACCGAGAUUUUAAUUUAAUUUGCCGAAGGCUUUAUUUUUGCAUUUAUUUCAGGUGAUCCUGCUCAUCUACACGGUUAUUCCCUUGCCAUUAUAUCUGUGUAUCGGGAUUUGUGGUGUUUAUACGUUGAUUUUCGAACUUUUGACAACGAAUAGCGGGGAUCCAACUAUUGCAAAUGGGAAGAUCACCGACGUUUCUUCCGCAUACCCCGGCACCAAGCUUGUCCUCCACAUAUGUGUUCAUCUGCUCGGGGUCCAUCUGUAUAUCUUGACCCAAGUCCGACAACGAAAGACCUUUCUGAAGGUGGGCCAAAGUCUGUUGGCCAGAAAGGACUUGGAGCUGGAGACCCAAUUCAAAGAUCACAUGAUCCAAUCCGUGAUGCCGAAGAAGGUAUGUUGGUUAAGGAACCUUGUAAUAUUAUGUAAACUUUGUAUAAUAUGUUACCUAUGCUGCUUUCAGGUGGCCGACGAACUGCUGCAAGAAUCAAGUUGGUUCUCCUACUUUUGCUCAUUAGGUAGAGUUUGGUGUUGUCCAAGAUUGGCCAUUCAUUUUAUUUCUUUCCCAACGUCUCUUGGACAUUCGGCGGGCAUCGGCCGAAUUGGCAUGCCCUGCGGCGGGUUUCUGCUACUAUAAUUUUGUUUUCAUCGAGGGUGUGGCUUCUCUACGGAAUCCUCCUGAUUAUCCACCGACUCUUUUUUCUCGUUUCUGCGCCCUGGUUUUGGACAACACUUUCUCUGCUUUCUCGUGUUUGUGUCGUCUCCCCAUUUUUUGUUCGCACUUUCGAAGCGGGUUACAUUGUUGUAGGCAACAGUUUCGGGAUUUUAAUUUUUUGGGGGGAUUUUUAAUUGAGACCUUUUUAUGACACCCUAAGUUACGUAAUGGUCCAUGGCGCUCUCGGGGUUUAAUGAAAAAGCCAAAAAAACGUCAUGUUAACAAAAUGAUGACUAAAAUUUUGAAUUUUGCCCACUGUUUUGCCUUUCGCAUCAUAUAAGCAAAGAGAACGUUGGUCCAAUAAUUCUUUGAGCUCUUUAAAAGAAGAUAACAAAACUUCAUCCCUUUUUGAUACAAUUUUUGCCUCACAUGUCCGUUUUUGUCUCAGCACCAACUGGUCUUAUCCUGUUUGUUGGCACUUUUCCAUUUCCCACGUUUUCCCUUCGAAUCCCCACAUUUUAGCGACCCGAAACAGCAAUGCCUCCAACAACCAGAAUGGGCCCAACCAACCUCGCAAUUCGAAUCAACUUCAAGCGGGCAACUCGCCCAGUCUGAACCAAAAAACGAUGAAUACGGAGCAAAGGUUCUCCGGGGAUUCUGCGCAGAUCUCGGUGCCGAAUGUCCGAAAGUUCCGGCCCUUCACCAUGAACCUGAUGCAAGAUGUGAGCAUUCUGUUCGCGGAUAUUGCCGGCUUCACCAAAAUGUCGUCAAAUAAGACUGCUGAUGAGCUGGUGAACCUUUUGAAUGAUCUGUUCGGUCGAUUUGAUUACUUGUGUGGUCGGUGUGGGUUGGAGAAGAUCAGCACGUUGGGCGAUUGUUAUUAUUGUGUGGCUGGAUGUCCGGAGCCAGUGUCGGAUCACGCCAAAUGUUGUGUGGAAAUGGGAUUGGCCAUGAUCAUUGCGAUCCGACAAUUUGAUAUGGAUCGAGGGCAGGAGGUCAACAUGAGAGUGGGAAUUCAUACCGGAAAGGUAAGAAGAUGUCAUUGAUAAAAUGCAUAAAACAUUAACUGUUAAUGCUCGUUUUGAUAUGAAAAUUUUAUUCAAAUCUAAAUAAUUUUUAGGUUAUGUGCGGGAUGGUCGGAACCAAGCGCUUCAAAUUCGAUGUGUUCUCGAAUGACGUCACGUUGGCCAAUGAGAUGGAAAGCACGGGAAUUGCGGGUCGAGUGCAUAUCAGUGAGAUUACCGCUCAGUAUCUGGACAAUCAAUAUAUCCUCGAGCCGGGAGAGGACCAUAAAGGUAACUGUAGUCCCACUGAGCCCUGAUUUGGAUUAUUUUUGUAAUCAUUGUGCCGUUUUAGGUAUCAAAACAUACUUCAUUGCCGGCCGGUCAAAAGAAUUCGAAUCAGUUAGUAAUCGACUGGCUUUGUCGGACUCAGAGUCACGAUCAGAACCAAUUGUGGAUGGACAAAAGGCGAGUAGUUUACGUAAAGUGAGUUGCUUUCGCUUACCAAGGCUCUGACAAAUGCUUGCUGCACUGAGUUAAUAAUAUCUAAUUAAUUUAAUUUCACGGUCUUUACAUGCUCUUUUAAGUCAUCUCAAGUUUUUUCAAGCAAAAACCCCUUAGGGAAUUGACCUAAAAUGGAUGAUUUUUAAAGUUCAAAUUAUAAUUUUGUGUGCUUUUCACAGCUUUUGCUUUGCCCACGCAUGUCCAGCAUAAAUCUUGUUCUGUUUCCUCAAUUUAUACCCAAAAAACCUCUCUACCCUCUAAUACUUGCUUAUCUAAUCCCUUCGUAACAGAUCAGCGCCAAACUUGUGGAUCGAAAACGGACGGCGGACAGUGCUUCGCUGCCGAUCAGCCGAGCCACAACCAACUCAACUUGCGGUGGAUCUCUGCGAAUGCGGCUGCUUGAUCGAAGCAGCUCUCAUCGGAUGGCAUCUAACUCCACUAAUCUGCCGGCUAGAGCCAUCUCCGUCCAGCAGGACACUCCCAGCUCGGCGGAUCUUAACAUAUCCGGCGAUUUGACUGAUUCAACUACUAAUCUCAAAGUAUGUAAUGUUUGGUCAGCUUACUGUUUGCGGUUUGACUUACUGUUACUGACUUAAUCAUUAAGAAUUAUUCUUAAAUCAUCUUUACAAAUCAAUUUUAGUCCCAAUCCAUGUGCACGAUCACAAAUCCGAAUCUCCAGUUGGCUCCAAAGGACAUCAGCGAUUCUAUGAUGGGUCUGGCUGAUAAUGAUGCGGCUAAUUCCAUCCCUUCAGCCCCAAUAAAGCCCGAAGAGUCAGAUGAUCGAAAGGCAUCAACUGCGCCGUGCUCGGCAAGAGAAAAUUGGUCAGACGCUGAGAAGAUUGGAGGUCAAAUCUCGAUAGAAUUGGCGCAGAAUAGCAGUACCAACAACAGUGCGAAAGGGUCCAGGAGCAGUGGUCUCCAUGUAAGCGUAUGUAUUGUUUGCAGUUUUUCUUUCCUGGCAACGUAGAGUGACGUCAACACUUGAAUAUAUUUUUUAAUAUCAAAAAGAUGUUUUACACUUUAUUUUAACGCCCUAUUUUUUCUGUAAACCUGUUGUGAUAACCAUUUUUCGGCAAGUCAUUGUACGUAACCAUGGCCAUCUUCGUGACCCCUCAAAAAUUUAUGCUAUGAUUUAGGAGCUGGCGUCUGAAACUCAUUCGGUUGGUGGUUUGGACACCGCGAUCUCUCAUCACCACAAUGCCGGCUCGCUGACUCGUUUCGAUACCGACAAUCGAGACUUUGAUCAACGAUUAGCUCAGAUUCUCCAAGGCGGCGAGUCGUCGUUUGCUCAGGGAUUCUGGAUGCAUCAGGACUCGUUAAAUCGAUGGACAUUAACGUUUAACGAGGCUGACAUUGAAGACGAAUAUAGGAAGCAUUUUGCCGAGAGCGGAGAUCAUAAUUCCCAAGCUGUUGCACAACGGGCUUUUAAGAAUCCGAUUGCCAAACAUCAGCAGUUGAAAAAGAAGAGGAAUCUGGAUGAUGAGGAUGAGGAGACGGGUAAGUCAAUUGCAAUUGUAAAAGUUAAAGUUGGAUGCUUUAUAUUCAACUAGGAACCGAGUAGCAACUCGCAAUAAAUCGCCCCUUUUAGGGAUUCGAAGCACCGCCGAUUCCAUGGAACAGCAACUGCUGAAACACCCUCGCUAUCGCUAUUCGGGCGUCUUUAUCGACAUUCUGGUAGCCAUUGGGUUUUGGUCGAUCGUCGUAGGCAUUGCAUUCGCCACCCUUCGUCAACUCACCAUCCCAUUUUUGGCUUUUGUGGCCUGUUCGGCUCUGUUCUUUCUGGCCUUCAUCAUCAUCGUUGCACUGCCUUUGAUAACGCGAAAAAAGAUCAGCGUCUGGUUGAAUCGUUGGGGUCCUCGGCAUUUCUUCGGUCUUCUGAUGAUACUCAUGCCCUUAGGGGCGGCGGUCUUCAAUAUGCCCGACUGUGCGGUGGAUCUGGACGAUCCGGUGACCGCCGAUCUUCAUCGACUUGGGCUGUGUGCCACUCAAGUCAUCCUGGAUCAACGACUCGUGUUUUGUUACAUGACUUUGAUCAUCAUCUAUGCCCAUUGCAAUUUCAGUCAGCUGAGAGCGUGGCCGAAGAGUGGGCAGGCGAUUAUUGUGGCGCUUUUGUUCUUGGCCAGCAAUUUGUAAGUGGGACAUUGAUUGAGAAAGCAGCGUAUUACAGAAAGGCCCCUGAUCUUGGAAUUCAAUGAUUUCGUUUUAUUUCAUGUGUUUUUAGGCUGUGUCAAGUGGAGAUCUCUACACAAAUUAAAGACGAAAAAUUCACGAAUGAGCCGAAUUGCACAAAAGUAUAUAACACUUGGGCCAGUUCCGACUUUGCGGCGCCAUUCUUUGUGUACGAACUGAUAGUUGACGUGGCCUUGGCAGUGAUCCUGGUGGCCUUCUUGAACUACCAGUUCGAAGCGUCGUUUAGAAUGAGCUUCUUUGGUGAUGUCCAGGUAACUUUUGUCAACACAAUACACAUUAUUACCUUACAAAUGUCAUCUCUGUCUGACUUUUUCUAGGCUCGUCGCGAUACAGCCAAAAUGCGGGUAGUCCGAGACCAGGCUGACUGGUUGUUGACCAAUAUCAUCCCUCAGCAUGCCGUGGAAUCACUCAAGACCAACACCAAAUACUCUGAGAAUCACCAAAUGACCGCUGUUUUGUUUGCUUCGAUCACUAAUUGGAAUGAAAUGUAUGAGGAGAACUUUGAAGGGGGCCGCGAAUUCCUCCGAGUCCUCAACGAAGUUAUUGGUGACUUUGAUGAACUGCUCGACCGCCCAGAGUUUUGCCAUGUGGAGAAAAUCAAAACUAUCGGUUCGACUUAUAUGGCUGCCUCAGGGCUUAAUCCUGAUCGAAGAAGGUUGGCGCUGCACCCAUACGAACAUAUAUAUCAACUAAUCGAAUUCGCCGUCGCCUUGCAAAACGCGUUGGACUACUUCAAUCAGGACCUUCUGAAUUUCGACUUUGUUUGCAAAAUCGGAAUCAACAUUGGCCCGGUAACGGCUGGCGUUAUUGGAACGACCAAAUUAUACUACGACAUAUGGGGCGACACUGUCAACAUUGCCAGUCGAAUGUACAGUACGGGUGUUGAGGAUCGGAUACAAGUGAGUUUUGCUCUCUCGUUUAAUUGUGGACCAUUUUAUGAUCAAUUUUUUUAUUGUACUAGGCAUGAGACAAUUGUUUCUACAAUUAGACGCUAAAAUUGUUACAGGUCUCGGAAGAAACCAAGAAACUGCUAGUCGACCGCUAUGACUUUGAAUACCGUGCUCACAUUGAUGUAAAGGGAGUUGAUGGAGGUAUGGACACCUAUCUGUUGGUCGGCCGAAAGGGUGAACCUCCAAUUAAUGGACCGAAUGCCAUAAAACCAAGCUCAUUCUAG